AAACUUGUUGCUGCAUUCUGCUCUCAAUUACCUGGUGGUAAGGGAGAACGAAGGAAGCUUUAUAUUGCCGAUGCAAGACCUAGGAAGAAUGCAUUAGCCAAUGGAGCAAUGGGAGGUGGCUCAGAAUCACCUUCCAAUUAUUUUCAAUCUCAAAUUGUUUUCUUUGGCAUAGACAACAUACAUGCAAUGAGGGAGAGCUUUUCCCGCGUUAGAGAUUAUUUAGAUAUGCACGGUACAACAUCAUCUGAUGGGAGAUCAUCGUUCUUGAGACACGGUGGUUGGACCUGGGGAGGAGGUAAUCUUAGUAGUAUGUCUGCUUCAGUGUCUUUACUUGGAGAUAGUGGCUGGUUGAUACACAUCCAGAGCGUCUUAGCUGGUGCAGCAUGGAUAGCUGCACGUGUUGCUAUGGAGUCGGCAUCAGUUCUUGUGCACUGCAGGUUAGCUACCUUGACUCACAUCGAUCACCGACCAACUGUUUAA